UGCGCACUGUCCUGAGAGAUGACAAAACACUACACCCUUCGGGAUUUUUUUUUCCUCCCUCUGUUCUAAAUCAGCAUUUCACAUCUGUGUCUGACAGAAGCAUAAGGAUCUGAGAGAGACAGACCUUCAUCAUUCUUCAGAGAAUAAUGUUGCAUGGGUUAAAAGUUAAGACCUGAUGUCUACUGAUCCUUCCUGCAUAUUUCCUACAAAAAUCUAAAACUUGGAGGCUACCUAAAUGUGUAGGAAAAUAACUUUUCAGUUUUGGAAUAUCUACAGAAAACAGAUGGAAUUUACUGGAUGCUAAUUCUUCACGAUUUUUUUUUUCUAAAUAGGUGCCGAAUACUUGAGUUAACUGGGGGCAGAAUAUACACAAACACUGAAUAUGGAAGAAAUCUGAUAUUGGAGAUACCUGGAAAUAAACUACUAACAACCAAUACCACAAGACGAAGCAGCAGUGAAUAACAAGACGCUGUGGAAAAAGAAAUCACAAGACAAGAGUGCACAAUGCAUUUCAAAUAGAAAAAUGCUUCCUAUCUUCUGAGUGAGUCUCAGUAUAUUCUGACAGAGCAUAGAUAAAGCUUCAAUCAAGUAUCUUCUAGCUGUCUCCAAAAGAAUAUUUUUGAGUACAGUAAACAAUAUGCAGCAGUGCUAGGAUCCUGAUGACAGUAUACCAAGAACAAGAAUGGAAGUAAAUUUAUUCAGCAAUUCCACUGUUGUAAACAGUUCAUCCGUCAACCAUAAGCAGUUAGAAGGGCAUAGCCUUUGGGAAGUCAUUACUAUUGCCACUGUAACUGCAAUUGUAAGCUUAAUAACCAUAGUGGGAAAUAUUCUUGUGAUGAUAUCAUUCAAGGUUAACAGUCAGCUCAAAACUGUCAACAAUUAUUACUUGCUCAGCCUUGCCUGUGCAGAUCUCAUCAUUGGAAUAUUUUCUAUGAACCUUUAUACAUCCUAUAUACUCAUAGGCCAUUGGUCUCUUGGAAGCCUUGCCUGUGACCUGUGGCUAGCACUGGACUAUGUAGCUAGCAAUGCCUCAGUAAUGAACCUCCUCGUCAUCAGUUUUGACAGGUAUUUUUCCAUCACAAGACCUUUAACUUACAGAGCCAAACGCACACCCAAAAGAGCUGGCAUCAUGAUUGGUCUGGCUUGGCUAAUUUCCUUCGUGCUGUGGGCACCCGUGAUCUUAUGCUGGCAGUAUUUCGUGGGUGAACGAACAGUACCACCUGAAGAGUGCCAGAUACAGUUUUUAUAUGAGCCUAUUAUCACCUUUGGUACUGCAAUUGCUGCUUUUUACAUUCCAGUGUCUGUGAUGACCAUUUUGUAUUGUCGCAUCUAUAAAGAGACAGAGAAACGCACCAAGGACCUUGCUGAACUGCAAGGUUCGGAGUCUGUGGCAGAGUUGGAGAUGAUAAAGCCUCGAAAAGCAUUCCUGAAGUCUUGCUUCAGUUGCAAGCGACAAAACUUAGUCAAAAGAGAGAGGUGUCAGGCUUCCUGGUCUUCAUCUAGUCGAAGUACGUCAGCUACGGUGAAAGCCUCUCAGGCAGCAAGUACUUGCAUCGAUUGGGCUAAGGCUGACCAGUUAACCACCUGUAGCAGCUAUGCAUCUUCAGAAGAGGAGGAUAAACUUGCCACAGAUUCAGUUUUCCAAGUAACUUACAGAAGUCCAUCUAAAGGUAAGGCAGAAGAGUUUAAUGAGAGUACGGAUGUUGUCAAACACCAGCCUGAAGAAAAUAAUUUUGAGAACCAGAAAUACUUUUUGUCACCUGCCAAAGACCACAUACAAAAAAGUAAAAAAUGUGUGGCCUAUAAAUUCCGGUUGGUGGUUAAAGCUGAUGGCACCCAGGAAGCCAACAAUGGUUGCCGUAAAGUAAAAAUAACUCCCUGUCCUGCUGCUCUGUCAAAGGAUCCUUCCAUCAAGAGCAUGGAUCCAAAUAUAAAUAACCAAAUCACCAAAAGGAAACGGAUGGUUCUGAUAAAGGAACGCAAAGCAGCACAGACUUUAAGUGCCAUACUUUUGGCUUUUAUUAUCACAUGGACUCCGUACAAUAUCAUGGUUUUGAUUUCCACAUUCUGCUCUGACUGCAUUCCCCUGACACUGUGGCACCUUGGGUAUUGGCUAUGCUAUGUGAACAGCACUGUUAAUCCCAUGUGUUAUGCCCUCUGUAACAAAACUUUUAGGAAAACUUUUAAGAUGCUGCUACUCUGCCAGUGGAAAAAGAAAAAAGUGGAAGAGAAACUAUACUGGCAAGGCAAUACCAGACUGCCAUAAUUUACUCCUAUACAAAGGAUAAAGGGAGAAACAGAUAUUGAUAUAACCUAGUAAAUUGGGUCUGAUUCUGUCUUUUCAAAAUAGCUUUAUAUGUCUAAGGGUUAAAAAAAAAAAACCCUACCAAAAAAAGAUCUUUUGCAUUAAAGUAGUGUGCUUGGGAUAAAGAAGUCAGUGGUUACUGUGAGCAACACAGGGUGGUUUUGAUUAUGGAGUAGAUCUGCAUUAAAGUUAUCAUGCUUGGGGUCUUCUUUCUUUCAGUUACUUUCAAUCUGAGAAUAUACGGAGUAAAUAAUGAAUUACUAGAAAUUCAAGUGGGAUGGUCAUCCAGUCGUCAGAUCAGGUCAUCCAGUCUAUUUCCCUGUGGUACAGAACUGUUUCUUCCUACAGUUCCUUUCCUAGUGUAUUGUCUGCUUAGCUUUCAGUGUUCCAAGUCACCAAACAAUGAAGCUCGUACUCUGGUUUUUGAGACUUUUCUACCUGCUGUUGGAAUGAAUCAAGGACUGUUUAAAGGGGAAAUGCUGUCAUCCCCAAUACUAAAUGGUUAAGGAGAUUCAGAGUGCCCCAGAUGAACACACAUAUUGUAGGAGAAUGUGAAAGUGAGAAAAUUUCCACUUUAAGGAUGACUUUUAUGGAG